UAGUGGCCCGUCACCCAAGAGACACCAACACAUACCUCAAGACCUCUACUUGACUCCAGCAUGGCAAACUUCUCUGUGGAAUGGCUUUCCAAAAGUUAUUAUGAGGAGAUGACUCUUCAUUCAGAAAUCCAUAAAGAAAUGGAGGAAUUUACAAAGACACCAAGAAUCCAGUACUCUCCGAGCUCACCAAACAAUAGUUGCGGUUACACUUCGGGCUCCGAGAGCGAGGUGGGGGGUGACAGCGAGGGGGAAGCCAACAGCCAGCAGCGAAGGAUGAGGACCAAAUUCACCUCCGAGCAGAUCAACAAACUGGAGAAAACGUUCAUCAAGCACAAAUAUUUGGGUGCCACACAGAGGAGGAAGAUAUCUGAGAAGCUGAACCUCUCCGAAACUCAGGUGAAAACGUGGUUUCAAAACAGGAGAAUGAAGCUGAAGCGGGAGGUUCAGGAUCUGCGUCCUGAGUUUCUGUCUGUCCCGGCCUCUCUGCUGCCUCCUCUGGUGUUUCAGCACCCCGUCCUGAGUGGACAGCUCCCCGCCAGGAGCGGCGGCUUCUACCCGCAGCUGCAGCCGCUCCACCGGACAACGCUGCCCGCUGCUCUGCACCAGCACCACCCCCACCACCAUCCUGUCAUCAUGUCUGCACACUUCUACUGACCUUUCCUCAUUGUUUCCUCACAAAAAAAAAAAAAUGUUUGUCUAGAAUCUAGAUGUGUCCCUAUUUCUCUCUCUAAAAGAGGGGUUUGAAAGUUGAGACUAUAUGUCUGAAGCACUAUAUUGUAUGUAUGGUUUAAAUAAUGUAAUGUAAUAUACUUACUGAAAAUCUUUUAUGUCGCAAAUAAAAAAGAAUUAAAUA